AUGAGUAAUCAUCCAUAUCGUCAAAGAGUUCCACAGUCUGGUGGAAACAAUUCCGGUACUUCAUCGCCUUCCACGUCACAAUAUGUUUCACCUAUGAUUUUAUCACCAAAUCAAUCACCUCAAAUUAAUCCUAAUCAAGAUAGUCAUAUGGAUUCUAUCAAUACCCAAUCCACCCCUUAUCCCAUGAACAAUGCUAUUCCAAGUCAUGUUCAAGGUUAUCCACAAAAUGUACAUAGAAAUCAAGGUUCUCAAGGAUCCAUUCCUCAUGAUUUAUUACAUGAUAAUAGGCAAUUCAAUGCAUCUCCUUCUUCAAAUCAUGUUCCAUAUCCUUCACAAAAUGAUGGCUACACCAACACUGGUACCCCACCACCAAUUUUCAAUAAUCCAACAACCCAUACCAUGCCUAUCACCAAUGUCACAUCACCUCAAGCACACUCCUUAAGUGCAACCUCAUCAGUAACCAAUUUUCAAUUGCCCCCUAAUAAUAAUGAUGAUGAUUUAGCUAAACUGGGAAGCAAUUUGGUUUUGUCAAAACCUCAUCACCAUGAUAGAUCCGUUAGUUCUACAUCUUCAUUUCAAAAUGAUAGUACAGUUGAUUUCAAUCAAAGUCUACUCACUCAGUAUUUAGGUGAUAAUUCAAGUAACUUAAUGCCUAGAAUAAAGACCAUUGAAUUGUAUAGAAAGAAUGCCCAAAAAUCAAAUGAUCCAACGGUAUUAUUCCAGUAUGCUCAGUAUAUGUUACAAACUGCAUUAUUGGUAGACAAGGAUGGUAGUCAAUCAGGAAAUAGUCCAUUACCAUCAUCAGUUGAAAACAGUCCUGCUAGAGGUCCUCAAGAUUCAUCUCCACAUUUCAAAAAGUCUCAUAAUAAAUCAAAAUCAACUCAAAGUUUUGAUUUGUCAAAUAUUAGCGAAGAUUCAGUUGAUGAUAAAAGGUUGAAAAAAUCCUUGUUAAAGGAAGCUGCUAUUUAUUUGAAAAAAUUGAGUGACAAAGGUUAUACUGAAGCUCAGUAUCUUUUAGGUGAUGCUUACAGUAGUGGAGCUAUUGGGAAAGUUGAUAACAAAGAAUCCUUUGUUUUAUUUCAGAGUGCUGCCAAACAUGGUCAUGUGGAAAGUGCAUAUAGAACCUCUUAUUGUUAUGAAGAAGGUUUAGGUACUGGUAGGGAUGCCAGAAAAGCCGUUGAUUAUUUGAAAAUGGCUGCUUCUAAGAAUCAUCCUGCAGCUAUGUACAAAUUAGGGGUCUACUCAUUCCAUGGUAGAAUGGGUUUAGGUCAUGAUGUGAAUACUAAAAAAAUGGGUAUUAAAUGGUUGGAAAGGGCUUCAUCAAUCGCCAAUGAAUUGAUUGCUGCUGCACCUUUCGAAUUAGGUAAAAUUUAUUUCGAAGGUUUCAAAGAUAUUUUAAUUCAAGAUAAAAAAUACGCUUUAGAAUUAUACAGUCAAGCCGCUGCUUUGGGUCAUAUUGAAAGUAGUGCAAUUUUAGGUCAUCAUUACGAAGUAGGAGAAAUUGUUCCUCAAGAUUCCAACUUAUCAAUUCAUUACUAUACUCAAGCAGCUUUGGGUGGAGAUCCUGGAAGUAUGUUGGCAAUGUGUGCUUGGUAUUUGGUUGGUAGUGAUCCUUAUUUACCAAAAGAUGAAAACGAAUCUUUUGAAUGGGCUAAAAGAGCUGCCAUGUGUGAUCUACCAAAGGGCCAAUUCGCUUUAGCGAAUUUCUAUGACAAAGGUAUUGGUUGUGUGAAAAAUCCUACUGAAGCUCAAAAAUGGUAUAUUAAAGCCGCAGAAAAUGGUGAUGAAAAAGCUUUAACAAGAAUUAGCGAUAAAGAACUAGUAACUAAAUUAUCUAAAAAAGUUAAGAAAAAUAAGGUGAUUACCAAGAAGGAUUCACAUGAUAAAGAUUGUGUAAUUGUCUAA